UCGGUAGCGUCCUGUCGUGGUACCACUCCUCUACCUGUUGACAGAUCGGCGGACUGACGUGACUUAGACUUACGACACCAAAGAACUGAUGGAAAGCACAAACGGCACAGCCGGCACGACCAACACACGGGCAGAGCAAGAAUGUUAUCACCACACCACGCUCGUCGAUCUUCCAGACGAGUUAGUCCUAAACGUUGCGAGCUUUCUGGACAAGGAGUCUCAGCUCUUGCUAAGCCUCUCUUGCAAACAACUUCAUUCUCUUCUCAACACCUUCGUCGACUUGGCUAUACACGACAGAGCAACGAAAGUGCGCUUCCUUCAACGCCUUCAACUCGACCAUCCGGAAUAUCUGACAUGCCGAUCAUGCGGCUUUCUAUAUCUGUGGCGCAGAAUGCAGACCUCCCAGUACGAUUGUCCGCGUGCCAGCCAACACCAACAUGCCGACACACUGUUGUCUUACAGACGCUUGGUCCGGGCAGGUGACACUGAUUACACCUUUCUGUCACGCAACAUUGUCGACCUGAUUCUCCAGGCGUACGAGCAUGGACCUACCAACGGCUUACCUUUGUCUUUCUUCAACUCUAGCGGUAAGGAUCGCCACGGCAUUUCGCGCACCAACGAGGCUCGAUUGAUAGACGGCCAGCUUAUACUUGUCAGUCGAUUGGAGCUGGAGGGGCGAGAAGGAAUGGCAGCUAUGGCACGUUUCUUCGAUAUGGAGCUAUGCCUGCACUAUCGUUUCAAUCCUGGCAAAGACAACAUGUUCCGGGCUGUUGCGAAGGCUGUUACAGAUGUCGAAGGCUCGAAGAAAAGGAAGCCACAAAUACUAUUGAGACCGUUCAAAUGUUAUUACUGCGAAACUGACCAUAGGUUACAAGUGGACAAGGACGCUGAGAAACAGAUCACGAUUGUUCUGAAUGUUUGGAGAAACUACGGCCGACGACACUCGAACAUGCCAUCGAAUGAGCAGCACUUCCACAGAUAUCCCGUGUUCAAGCUCGAUGCCAAAUCAGUGUCGAAGAGGGAUGUGCGAGCGGUCUUUGAGUCUGCUUCGCAAUGAUUCCAUUUCUCUGCUUCAAUGAGCUUCGGGCAGCGGUCAGGUCCAACGACGGUUAGAUAGGAGUGCUGUGGUAUGGUUGUACUCCCGGGUCAACGAUGCAAAUUACUGCAAUCAUAUGUCUGUUCUGUGUGCUUUGCAUC